CUGUUAUACACAAAUAGAUUUCAUUUUCCAGUUGAAUUUUGUUCAGAUUUGUUGUUUACAUUUGAUUCGUUUGUACAUUGCGACUUUUAUAUUUUGCAUUUCGGCUUUCAUCAUGUGGAUGAAACGUUCCGCCGCAAUGGGCCAGGUUACACAGCGCAACUUUCUGCGCGAGAACAGGUUGCUGGUCCGUCAGUCGCCGAUGAUGACGCUGCGGCGCCUGGAUCGGGAUCGGGAGCGGGAGCGGGAGCAAUGGCGUUGGCCGCCGGCAAGCUAUGAACUGCCCACAGCCGCUUCGCUGGCGCAUCGAUCGGGCACGCUGCCGCUGGUCGAGACGCAGCGUCGCCUCAUCCAUGGCGGACGCCAGGGCCGAGCUUUCUACGGUGGCGGACAGCGAUCGGAGAAGCAAAUACAAACGGAGGAUAUUAGCGAUGAGCAGUUCCUGAAUGCAGCGCUUCUCAAGUGCACGGAGCAGGCACAUGGACAGGGUCCGUCGCGAUCCAUGCGCGGCUACAGCGAGGGCGACGAGCUGCCCGUACCGAGCCCCUUGGCCUGUGACCAAAACAAUGCCAGCCGCCUGCGACGCACUGCAUCCAAUUUCGAGCUGGGCACAGUGCCCGCGCAACGCGGCAACCAGUCAAUGAAGCACACCCCACAUAGACCGCUCGGCGGCGUGGUGGACACUGUGCCCGCUCAAGUGGAUCAAUUGGAUGUUGAGGACCAGCCAGCCGAUAGGGGCGAGGAUGGCGCAUCGAUUGGUGCACGGGCAGCCGCGCCGCAUGUGCUGCAGCUGGCCAUACCGGACAUAACGGACGUGGAGCCGGAGCCCCAGCUGGAUCAGUCUUUGAGUGCACGGACCAAUGCCUCCUGCCACUCACAGGCUGAGCCGACGCCAGCCAGCGAAGCGACGCAGCCGCUCAAGCCAGACCAGAACGAGCGCAGGCUGUACCAGGAUCAGGAUCAGGUACUGUUGACGGAGGCACAGCGAAUCGCACUGCUGGAAGCGGCGCAGGCGCGCCACCGGGAGCUCAUCUGGGAAUACAAUCGGCUGCCCAUUUCAAUGGGCACGCUGCGUGUGCGGAACCUCAAAAUACAGCUGGAGCAGCAGCUGGACCUCAUCGACAGCGACCUGACCAUGCUGAACCUGCCACAGGUGUACAUUAGGCGCGACCAGCUACAGCAAAUCUCUAGUAUCUCGUGUUAAUGGUUAAUAAUUGUUGUUUCCUCGAGCGAUCAUGGUUUGAUUUUUAAUUGACUAGCCAAUUAGCUGCUCCGUGCAAAAUCAAAACAUGUUGUAAGAGGUCGAUUACAUAUUUGCACUAUUAUUAUACGACCUACAUAUAUCUAUCUAUAUAGAUCUAGAUGAA